AUAAAGAAGGAGGUAGAAAUGAAAAUAAAAAAAAUAUCAAAAAUAAAGAUAAGAAUAGAAAUGAACAUAAGAACAAAAAUGAAGUUAAGGGUGAAGCUAAAAAUAAGAGUAAUAGUAAAACAACUACAAUUACUCAGAUUAAUCAAAAAGUUAAAGAAUUUAUAAAUGAAAUUAUAAAUCUAGAUAUUAAUAAAAUAAAAACAGAUAAAGAGAAUAAGAUAAAAACAAAGAAAUAA